AUGUUGCGGACAGUAAAACCCAGAAAUGCGCGGUCGAAGCGUGCGAUGCAGGCACGCGAGCCCAAGGAAGUGGAGGACCCGCGCAUUGCUAUCUUCGUGCGGGGCACACAUACGGGAGAAAAAGUCAGCGCAGCUAUGAAGGAACUAAUGUCGCUCAAGCGACCGAACGCCGUCUCGUUCUCGAAAAAGAAUACUGUCCGGCCUUUCGAGGACGCUUCCUCGCUCGAAUUCUGGGCGCAGAAGAACGACGCGAGCCUGUUUGUGGUGGGCCAGAGCACGAAAAAGCGGCCGGAUGGGCUCACGUUCGUGCGCAUGUUUGACGGGCGCGUGCUCGAUAUGUGUGAGGUGGGUGUAGACAACUGGGUCGGCAUGGCUGAGUUCAAGACACCAAAAGCGACCCCGGGGCACAAACCACUAAUGCACUUUGCGUCGGAGCUGUUCGAUACGCAUCCGCGGUUUAUUCAGCUCAAGUCGCUUCUCAUGGACUUUUUCAACGGCGAGGUCAUCGACUCGAUAUGCCUCACGGGGCUGGAGCACGUUAUCAGCGUGUCGCUCGCGCCCACGCCCGCCUCGCUAAACUCGACUACGGCGACAGAUCCAUCGGCGUCGUCAAAGGCGCAAGACUCGUUACUACCAAAAGUACAUGUGCGCGUGUACACGACUCGGCUGCUGGCGUCCGGCACGCGGAUACCGCGCGUGGAGCUGGCGGCCAUGGGGCCGUCGCUGGACCUCACGCUGCGGCGACACACGGAGGCGGACCCGGAGCUGAUGAAGCAGGCUUUGAAGCGGCCGAAGAUGCGGAAGCAGGACGUGGAGAAGGGGCUGGGAAAGAAGCGGAAGAACAUGGAGGUGGACGAGAUGGGGGACCUGCGGGGCAGGAUACACGUCGCGAAGCAGGACCUGGGGAAGCUGCAGACGCGGAAGAUGAAGGGCCUGAAGGCUGCGAGGGACGUGCCAGAGGACAGCGGCGACAGCGAGGACGAGGGGAGGUCAACGAAGCGGAGGAGGCAGUCGCAGUGA